CUAGAGAGAGAAAACCUGAAAAUUUUUAAAGAGAGAGAGGGGGGGAAGAAAGGGAGCUUGUGGUUUUUUUCUUCCUUCCUUUCUUUUCGUGUGAUUCUUCUCUUUGGGGGAUUUGCAGGGUUUGAUUUGAAUCAGGGGAGGGGAGAGAGAGAGAGAGAGAGAGAGAGACAGAGAGACAGAGAGAGGAGAGGAGAGAGAAAGCUUGGCAUUUCUCUCUCUUCUUUGACUUUUGUUCAUUGGGAGGACAUUCGAAUUAGGGUUUUGGGUUGUUGAAUCAGAGCAAGGAACGAAGAUGAAUAUGAUGCGCCGGCUCAAGAGCAUUGCUUCGGGUCGGACCUCUGUUUCGUCGGACCCUGGAAUUGAUUCUGCCACAAAGAGAGCAAAGAUGGAUCAAGACAACGAGAAGAAGGCUAAUAAACAGCCAAAUACUGUUGAAAGAAGUGCCACUGGUCUAGAGCAGCAUAUGACUUCAACAUCAGUGGAAACUGCUGCAAGCACAUCCAGUGUGUCGUCAGUAGCUAAGACCGAGACCAAAGAAGUUAAAUCUAGUUACGAUCAGCUUCCCAAAGAAAUGCAUGAAAUGAAAAUUAGAGAUGAGAAGGCCAACCACCAUGAUGACAAGGAUAUGGAAGAAACCAUUAUAAAUGGUAAUGGAACAGAAACAGGUCAUAUAAUUGCAACGACAGUAGGUGGUCAAAAUGGGCAACCUAAACAGACUAUCUCUUACAUGGCGGAGCGUGUAGUUGGUACUGGUUCAUUUGGAGUUGUCUUUCAGGCUAAGUGUCUGGAAUCGAGUGAAGCAGUUGCGAUAAAAAAGGUGUUGCAGGAUAAAAGAUAUAAAAACAGAGAACUUCAAAUUAUGCGCUUACUUGACCAUCCUAACGUUGUUCAAUUGAAGCACUGUUUCUUUUCAACUACCGACAAAGACGAGCUGUACCUUAAUCUUGUCCUCGAGUAUAUAUCUGAAACAGUUUACCGGGUUUCAAAGCACUAUAUCAGGAUGAACCAACAUAUUCCCAUUAUUUAUGUGCAAUUAUAUACGUACCAGAUUUGUCGCGCAUUAAAUUACUUGCACCAUGUUAUUGGUGUGUGUCAUCGUGACAUUAAGCCACAAAAUUUGCUGGUCAAUCCACACACGCAUCAGCUGAAGAUAUGUGAUUUUGGGAGUGCAAAGAUGUUGGUGCCAGGUGAAGCCAACAUAUCAUAUAUUUGCUCACGAUAUUAUAGGGCUCCAGAACUUAUAUUUGGGGCUACAGAAUAUACCACUGCAAUUGAUAUGUGGUCUGUUGGUUGUGUAUUUGCUGAGCUUCUUCUUGGACAGCCACUGUUUCCUGGGGAGAGUGGUGUUGAUCAGCUGGUGGAGAUUAUAAAGAUUCUAGGGACACCAACCAGAGAAGAAAUAAAGUGCAUGAAUCCCAAUUACACCGAAUUCAAGUUUCCUCAGAUCAAAGCUCACCCAUGGCACAAGAUAUUUCACAAGCGAAUGCCCCCAGAAGCAGUGGAUCUUGUGUCAAGACUGCUCCAGUACUCACCAAAUCUACGUUGCACUGCUUUGGAGGCAUGUGCUCACCCCUUCUUUGAUGAUUUGAGAGACCCAAAUGUAAGCUUGCCUAAUGGACGAGCAUUGCCUCUUCUGUUCAAUUUCACAGCUCAAGAAUUGGCUGGAGCACCCACUGAACUCCGACAUCGUCUAAUCCCGGAGCAUGCUAGGAAUUGAUUUACGAACCUGAGGGGGUCACAUAAGUUAACGAGGUAUAUGCAGUUUUGAUUGCUUGGAUGCUCAGAUGAGCCAUGCUGCCUUGAACCCCAAGGGUCUGCUGUCUCUCGAUCCUUUCAGUUCAGUCAUGGAAGAAGUAGGCACUGGAGACUGUUUGUUCGAAUGGAUUUUGCGGGUGGAAUUUUCAGGUGGAUGGGAGCGGUGACUGCUUCGGCUUAUUAGAGAUUCCAAGACCAAAUUUUUACAAUGUAUGUUGUACGCGUUGGCUGUGAAAGAUGAGCUCAUACAUAUAAUGUUAAAUCAUGUUGUGACAUGUAGUGUUUUGUGAGUAAUGUGGAGACUGACUAAAUUGGGAUCAUUUAGAUAAAAUUAGAUUCUCAUUGUAUACCGUUCCCCUAUUGCACAGAAAUUCAAAAAUUCGACUUCA